AGACAUCUUGGGGGAGGUGUGCCGGUGGGGCUCGAGUGGGUGGGAUGUUUUGACGGCAGGGGGCUGGAAUCUCAGAGCGUAUAAAGGUGCUGUGCUGAGAGGCAGGGAGCAUGUUGGGAGCUUUCCGUCUCCAGACACACCUCCUCUGACUGACCGCAGCCAGCAUGGCCGAGAGACGCAUUCCCUUCACCUUGCAGCGCACCCCGAGCUGGGACCCGUUCCGGGACCAAACCAGCCGCAUCUUCGACCAGGCGUUCGGCCUCCCGCCCGUCUUCGAGGACUUCUCUGGGUUCCCCACCACCCACUGGCCCGGGUACAUGAGACCAUCGCUCAUGGGCCCGGACAUCAUGAUGCCCCAUGGCCCCAUGAUGUACCACCCGGGCCACAUGAUGGCCCACCAAGCCAGGACCCUGUCCCGGCAGAUGAGCAGCGGGAUGUCCGAGAUCAAGCAGACGCAGGACAACUGGAAGAUCUCCCUGGACGUCCCCCAUUUCUCACCUGAGGAGCUGGUGGUGAAGACCAAGGACGGCGUUUUGGAAAUUUCUGGCAAGCAUGAAGAGAGGAAGGACGAACAUGGUUUUGUGUCAAGAAGCUUUACCAGAAAAUACACUCUACCCCCUACUGCCAACAUCGAGAAGGUGACGUCCUCCCUGUCCCCUGAGGGCGUCCUGACUGUGGAGGCUCCGAUCAACAAGCCGGCCCUGGAGUACUCCGAGACCACCAUUCCUGUAAACGUGGAGAGCUCAGCAGCUGUGGCCAAGAAGUAGAAAGAAGAGCCGGCCUUGACCUCUCUCAAUCAUCAUGCCAGUGACUCAGCGACACACACACACUUUUAUAUAAGAGUUUUGUCUACCGGUAAUUGUAAAUAUAAGUGGGGGGGAUCUUACUGUUUCUUCCAAAUUGGGUCUGUGGGAUGCCCCUGCUUUCCUCUCCCAUCUGUGACCACACUCCUCCGAAGGACUCAUCUCAGCUUGAUCCCGUUCACAGAUUAUUUUAGCUUUUAUUUGUUGCAUCUUCAAAUCCACUUGAUAGUGUCCCUUGCCAAUAACGUUGUGUCACUGGGUUGGAAAGCAACCGAUUUUUAUCUGAAAAUGUGUUUGUUUGUUUUUUAAGCCACUGAACCAGAAAAUAAAGAAAGUUAAACCUA